CGACUGAACGACGAUCCUGCGUGAACAGGCUGCUCUUCUUGUUAGCUUGCUAGUCAUUCAAAAGUUCACUCGAGUAAAUCGCCUUCUGCGCUGAGGAAGAUGUCCACGAGUGACUUUUAUUUACGGUACUAUGUUGGACACAAGGGGAAGUUUGGCCACGAAUUUCUGGAGUUUGAAUUCAGACCGGAUGGCAAAUUGCGAUACGCAAACAACAGCAACUACAAGAACGACGUCAUGAUCCGAAAAGAGGCCUAUGUGCACAAGAGCGUGAUGGAGGAGCUGAAAAGAAUCAUCGAUGACAGUGAGAUAACCAAGGAGGAUGACACAAUCUGGCCGCCCCCAGACAGAGUUGGCAGACAGGAGCUUGAAAUUGUUAUCGGUGAUGAGCAUAUUUCUUUCACUACUUCCAAGAUUGGCUCUCUGAUUGACGUCAACAAGUCAAAGGAUCCCGAAGGUCUGCGAGUGUUCUACUACCUGGUGCAGGAUUUGAAGUGUCUUGUCUUCAGUCUGAUCGGCCUGCACUUCAAGAUCAAGCCCAUCUAAAUGAUUUUAAUGUUUAGCUUGCCUUUCUGUUGUACUACCACAUUUGUACAUUUGCUUGUGAUUGAACUUUCUUUUUUAUUUGAAAUAAAAAGUUUGGAAAAA